CCGAGGCCCGAGCAGUGGUGAUACAGAACUUAGAAGAUAGCAAACUUAGUUGUGUAUAUGUUUCCGCACCUGCGUCUAUCCGGAGCGCUACUGUUGUCGCACAAUCUCAAACAUUUUACUUGUCGUACCAUGGCUUCAGUCACUCCUCCUGUCUUCAAGCCAUUCACCCUCACGCUUAUCCAGCUUGUAAAGAGCAAUUCAGACAAGCCUCAAGUUGUUGUAUUGCCAGAAUGUUUUAACUCGCCGUACGGCUUUGUUCACUUCCCCGCGUAUGCCGAGAACAUUGGCUACACUGCUGGCAAGGAGUAUGAUAUUCAAGCGAGUGUAAGCGAAAGUGUCAAGAUGCUGUCUUCUGCUGCGAAGGAGGCAGGAAUCUGGCUCAUUGGAGGUUCGAUACCCGAGAGAGAUGAAGAGACGAACAACGUCUACAACACAUGCACUGUGUAUUCUCCGACAGGUGCACUUGUUGCAUCACAUCGCAAGGUUCACUUAUUCGACAUCGACAUCCCUGGGAAGAUAACAUUCAAGGAGAGUGAAACAUUGACAGGAGGAACGACAACGAACUAUUUUGAUACUGAAUUUGCACGUAUUGGCCUCGGUUUAUGCUACGAUGUUAGGUUCCCGGAACUAGCAAUGAUAGCGGCACGGCGAGGUUGUCAUGCCAUAGUUUAUCCUGGGGCAUUUAAUCUCACCACUGGACCUUUGCAUUGGGAACUCCUUCAACGAGCUCGGGCCAACGAUAACCAGGUUUUCUUUUCCAUGUGCAGCCCAGCACGGGAUAUGACCGCUGGGUACCAUGCAUGGGGGCACUCGAUGGUCGUUGACCCAUAUGCCCGUGUACUCGCGGAGGCUGAUGAAAACGAGUCAAUCCUGCAUGUCGAUAUCGAUCCUGAACCGUUCCACGAAGUAAGAGCUGGAAUACCAGUCACAAAACAACGUCGUUUUGAUGUCUAUCCCGAUGUGAGCGCCUGAUAAGGUAUGAAGAGCAUAGGUGACAAUGCUGUUGACGUAGCUAUGUAGUCUUUCCAUAAUCGACCAUGUCUUUCGAACAAGGGGGAACGUUGACAACGUUGAAGCAUGACUCACGAUUUCUCACGGUGAUCUCACCUACAGCCUUAGUAGAAUAACUUUGGAAAGUCCGGACAUCCUGUACUAUUCAUCGAGCUGUAUCUACAGGAACAUCUGAACCG